AUGAAAGGUUAUGCAAAUUAUAAAAGAAAUGCAAUGAAUAACACUUCAUUUGGAGAUAUGAGAAAACUCUCCCUAAGCAACCCUUUACACAUUACUGACAAUGCUUGGUCAACAGAUAGAAUUACCUUGUCAUCAGAGGAAUAUUUAUACUAUGUUAAUUUGUUCAACCUGAACGACAAAUUUGAUAGUCACUUCAUUGAUAAUAAGACAGCUUCGACCUUCCUCCAGAAUUCUGGAUUAUCCAUAUCGGUUUUGCAUUCGAUAUGGGAAUAUAGUGAUGUCGAAAACAAAGGAUACCUGACUUUGGAGGAUUUUUUUAUUUGUUGUCGGCUAGUUGCCCAUGCGCAGAAUGGAAAUACAUUGAGCCCUGACAUAAUAAAUAUGCAACCUCCGUGCUUGCCGAGCUUCGACAUCAUUAGACACAAAUCAUUUUCAGACAUUUCUAACAUGGAAGGGAACGUCGAAUGGAAGAUAAGCUUGAGAGAAAGAGAAGAUUAUAAACGAAUUUUUAAGACCCUAGAUAUGAAUAAUGAAGAAAAAAUUGAAGGAAGUGUUAUUCGCGAAUAUUACCUAAACACUUCUAACCUGUCUAUCUGUGAACUCAUGCAAAUUUGGAGUAUUUCGGAUAUGGAUAAUGAUGGAUUUCUCAACUUUGAACAAUUCUGUGUUAUGAACAAAAUUGUCGAAGUGAGGAAGGAGAGGGAAAUUAACAUCCCACUCGCUAUUCCUGCCGAUUUGCUUCACUCGAUCAAGUUAGAUAGGAAGGCCAUAAUGGAUGAUGAUAUAACCUUCAGGAAAAUCGAGGACGAAAAAGAUAGAAUGGAAACUUUCAAGAUGUCUUUUGGAGAUUUGCUGAAAUCUGAAAAUGAGAAAAAGAGUGAAAAAAGUAGCAAUGAAAAAAACGAAAAGUUAAACAUGGAAUUUGAUUUUUUCGAUUUUAAGCAAGAUGAUAAAAGCGAAAGGGGAGGAGGAGGAGGAGGAGAUGAGUCUGAAAAAAAAAAAAAAAAAAAAAAGGAUAAAGAAAGGGAAAGGGACAAGGACAUGUCUUCAGAAGGAAGCGAACAAAAAUCCCUUUUUAAAAACGAUUUCCAUAGCUACAGUAGACUCUUGAAGAGGCGAGAACAUGGAGAAAGAGAAGAAGAAGCUGAGGAUGACUAUGACAAUGAUGAAGUAACAGAACAAAAUCAACCCACUUCGAAGAGAAAGUUAAUCAAAAAAUCAGGGAAAAAAAGCUACGGUAGUAAUAACCGUAGUUCAGAUGACAAUACCAGCAGUGGGUCAAGCAAAAAGCAUGAACAAAAAAAAAAAAGAGAAAAGAAGAGAGACCAAGCUGAUGAAGCGGACGAAGCUGAUGAAGCGGACGAAGCAGACGAAGCGGACGAAGCAGACGAAGCGGACGAAAUGGACGAAAUGGAAAACGGUGUGAAGCGGAGAAAUAAAAAAAAGAAAAAGGAAAAAGGAGAAAAAAGGGCUAAGGACAAGACUAGUAAACCAAAGGGAGGGAAGAGCAGAGAAGACAAAGAUAAAGACCAACGUAAAGACCAACGUAAAGACCAACGUAAAGACCAACGUAAAGACCAACAUAAAGACCAACGUAAAGACCAACAUAAAGACCAACGUAAAGACCAACAUAAAGACCAACAUAAUGAACAACAUAAUGAACAACAUAAUGAACAACAUAAUGAACAACAUAAUGGCCAACAUAAAGAAAUGGAGAAGAAGAGAAAUAAGGAGAAGCAAAGGGUGACGACGACAGGGGGGGGUAGAGAAGGAAAAGUAGAUAAUGGAAAAAACAGUAAGAAAUUGAACUUGGAAAAAUUUUUUGGUGAAGAUGAGGAAGAGAGGGAAAAAAAUGGAGAAGAAGAAGGAGCAAGUAACAGUAACCCGGAAUCGAUGAAAAGUGUGAAUUCAAAAGAAAAGGGAGAAGAAAGAAAGAGAAAAAAUUCUCAAAGUGAAAAAUAUUUCACCAAAUUGAUUGAUUUUAACUACUCUGAUUUAAAAAAUUACAACAUUGAAAGUAAGGAUGUUUACAAGAUUGAAGAAAUUAAUCGAAAAUUAGAAGAAGAAAUUAAAAAAAAAAAAAAAAAUGUUGAUAAGAAGAAAAAGCAAGUAAACUGUCUUGCGUAUGUAUACGAAAGUGAGCUAAAAAAAUAUCAGUGUCUGAAGGAAGAGAGAAGAAAUUUAGAGUUUAUAAAUCUAUGUUUAUAUAAAGAUAUAAAAUAUAAAAAAGAAAACAUUCGAAACAUUAAAAAAGAAAUUAAAGAAUUAAUUGAAGACAUUAACAAAAUUAAUAUAGAAAAUGUUAACAUAAACAAAGAGUAUAUAAAAAAAGAAAAAGAAAUUAAGUCAAUUGAUUAUAAGAGAAAAAGUUUGAAUUCCAUAAUUGAUAAAGAAAAAAAUGAUUUGAAAAAAGAUGAAAGAAAUCUAAUCAUUUUAAAAAAUAUGAUACAUUAUCUGAGAAAACAAAAAAAUAGAGCUGUGAAAUUACAAGAAAAUCUAAAAAAUAGAUAUGACAUAACAAAUUCUGAUCAUCAAAUGUUAAUCAAAAAUAUUAUGCACCAACAAAAUUAUCUGAACAAAAUUACGAAUAAACGCCUCAAUGUUCAAAAAAUAAAAAAUCAAAAUAUCAUCUUGUUUAAUUCGCUAGCCAAUCAAUCCGUUUUACUCGACAUGCAAAAUGCUCAUCCAAGUUUCCAGCAAAUGUUUGACAAAAGGGGAGGAGAGGGAGGAGGAGGAGGAGGACAUCCCGAUGGAAAUCUUAUCCCCACGAAUUCCCCCAUGUUCAGUGAACACAAUUUUCACAGGAAGUACUUAACUGAUAGGAAGGGAAUUCCAAAUAAUCAGCACGAUGAACCGAAGAACUCAAAGAAAAAUUUGGACAUCUUGGAGCAGAUAAAAAAUGGAGACAGUGUUGAUAUAUUUUCAAGCAUGGAUGAUGAUACUGAAUCGAUAAGAUGUGAAGACGAGGAGAAUGAAGUGGAAGGAGGAGAGUACGAGGAAGAGGAGGAUGGAGACGACACGGAUGAGGAAGUCUUGGGUGUACAGGGGAACAAUAACAUCGAAGGAUUGGCCAACUUAAUGUCAAAGGAUCUCAUCCUAAAGAGUGUCGACAAUAGCUCAUAA